CAGCGACGGCCAGGUCAGGGCUGGCACCGGAGGGGAGGCCGGGGAUGCCUCGGGGAUCUGGCAGGAACUGGGAUUUGGGCUGGUGGGAUGGGGGGAGCAGGUGCUGGGGCUGGCUGUGGUCUGGGAAGGGUUCAGAGAAGAGCAGGAGGGAGGCAGAACAGCAGGGAGCAACAAUUCUAUCCCAGAAAAGCCCAUAAGCCAGGGACAGGAGCGGCUGGUGGGGAGGACAUUCAGUCAGAGGGGAAUGAGCCAAGGGCUGCACGGAGCCAGGACAGGGACCCAGCAGAUCUUCCCUGGAACACUGCUGGGGCAGAUCCCUGCUGGGCAGGGGUUGUUCCUCAGCAACUGCCACAUAAGAAACCCCAAGGCAUGGCAUAGAGAGAAUAAUACAGUUUCCCCCUCUAUUGGGAAAAGUGAUUCCACUCUCUUUCUCCAAGGGAAAGCAAAAAUCCUGUGACAGAUUCCAGCAGAGGGAGAGGGGAGCCAGAGGAGAGACCUUUGAACCCUGGGAAGUGACCAAAAGGAAACCAAUGAUUGCUGGCCUGAAAAAAAACAUGGCUCUGAAGCUGAGACAUCUCUGCUCUUUCUUUACUUAGGAUCUGACCAGCAUAAAUUGUCAAGUUUUUCCUCUGUUCCCAUGAACAUCAGAUAAUUUCUUAACAAAUCCUGUGCCAUUUCCAGUGAGGUUUUUGUUUGUUUGUUUGUUUCUAUUCUUUUCCUUUUCUUGAAAGCAAGAAACAAGGCAGGUUUAGGAUAAAACCCAGGAAGUUUGGGCCAUGUUUAACAAAGCCUUUGGCUUAGCCAAGGCCUUACUUAACUUUUCCCCACUCCAAUGGGUGGAAGGCAGCAGUGGGAUGCUUAGGGAAGAAGUCCCCUUAGGAAAAGCUUAAACUCCUGGACAAAUUAUCCAUUUCCAUUCCCUCUCCAGAGCCAGCAAACUACAGCACUGUACGGUCACAAUAAAAUCUCCACCUCCACUGGAUACAAAGUUCUGAACACAGAGGGCAGGCAAUCAAAAACAAGGGUUUAGGGUGCUCCCAGCAGGCUCUGAGGUGAGAAUGUUCAAAAGGGGAGGAUUGCAGAGGGGCAGGGAGGUGCAGAUGUUCAAAAGGGGAGGAUGCAGAGGGGCAGGAUGUGCAGAUGUUCAAAGGGGAGGAUGCAGAGGGGCAGGAGGUGCAGAUGUUCAAAGGGGAGGAUGCAGAGGGGCAGGAGGUGCAGAUGUUGAAAGGGGAGGAUGCAGAGGGGCAGGAGGUGCAGAUGUUCAAAGGGGAGGAUGCAGAGGGGCAGGGAGGUGCAGAUGUUCAAAGGGGAGGAUGCAGAGGGGCAGGAGGUGCAGAUGUUGAAAGGGGAGGAUGCAGAGGGGCAGGGAGGUGCAGAUGUUCAAAGGGAAGGAUGCAGAGGGGCAGGAGGUGCAGAUGUUCGAAGGGAAGGAUUGCAGAGAGCCAGGGAGGUGCAGAUGUUGAAAGGGGAGGAUGCAGAGGGGCAGGGAGGUGCAGAUGUUCAAAGGGAAGGAUUGCAGAGAGCCAGGGAGGUGCAGAUGUUCAAAGGGGAGGAUGCAGAGGGGCAGGAGGGGCAGGAGGGGCAGAUGUUCAAAGGGAAGGAUGCAGAGGGGCAGGAGGUGCAGAUGUUCAAAGGGGAGGAUGCAGAGGGGCAGGAGGUGCAGAUGUUCAAAGGGGAGGAUUGCAGAGAGCCAGGGAGGUGCAGAUGUUCAAAGGGAAGGAUUGCAGAGAGCCAGGGAGGUGCAGAUGUUCAAAGGGGAGGAUGCAGAGGGGCAGGAGGUGCAGAUGUUCAAAAGGGGAGGAUGCAGAGGGGCAGGAUGUGCAGAUGUUCAAAGGGAAGGAUUGCAGAGAGCCAGGGAGGUGCAGAUGUUCAAAGGGGAGGAUGCAGAGGGGCAGGAGGUGCAGAUGUUCAAAAGGGGAGGAUGCAGAGGGGCAGGGAGGUGCAGAUGUUGAAAGGGGAGGAUGCAGAGAGCCAGGGAGGUGCAGAUGUUCAAAGGGGAGGAUGCAGAGGGGCAGGGAGGUGCAGAUGUUCAAAGGGGAGGAUGCAGAGGGGCAGGAGGUGCAGAUGUUCAAAAGGGGAGGAUGCAGAGGGGCAGGGAGGUGCAGAUGUUGAAAGGGGAGGAUGCAGAGGGGCAGGGAGGGUACUCACAGCCACGAAGUGCACGGUGCAGCCUGUGACCCUGACCCCAGCCUGCAGCACCAGCUUGUGCGCGUGCGCUCCCUUGAAG